GAACUGGAAGAAAAAGCUAAUGCUCUCCAUCAACAAUGUCCUGAAAUAAAGUGGCAUUUCAUUGGCAAAAUUCAGUCCAAUAAGAUUAGCAAGAUAUGCUCGUUGCCCUCUUUAUACUGUGUUGAAACUAUCGAGUCUGCCAAACAUUGUGACAUGUUCAAUAGGGAAAUGGAAAAAAGGCGAAGUACUCUUGACGUUUGUGUGCAAGUAAACACAAGCGCUGAGAACCAGAAAGGAGGAUUGUCACUGGAGGACGCUCCUGAUCUUGCGUGCUACAUAGCGGAUAACUGUUCUAGUUUACGUUUUGCUGGAUUCAUGACUAUUGGAUCUUUACAAAACAGUCAUCUAGUGCCGAAUCCUGAUUUCGACCGCCUAUUUCAAGUAAGAGAAGCUUGGGCAAGGAGAGUCUCACGGUCACCCGAUGAGGUAGAGCUUUCAAUGGGUAUGUCCGAUGAUUUCGAGGUGGCCAUUGCACAGGGAAGCACAAGCGUACGUGUUGGCAGUAAAAUAUUUGGGCCAAGAUUACUCAAGUCUACGUAA